UCACCCUGUUCUCUCUCAGCUUCAUGCUCUAUGUAUCUGUGAUUUCUCACUUGCUCCCCUCCUCUCUUUCACGCUCUCUGCUCCUCUCUGUCCCUUUUGAUCAUUAACUUCCUGAGCUUCAGAAACCAGUUCCACAGCUUUCUGUCUGGCUGAGUUCAUCCCAAGCCUACAGAAGAUACAGGACAGAGCGGACAGUCAGGCAAAUUCCUUGAAUAUUGUAGUGUACUUAGAAGAUGGUGAGCAAGUAUUUGUCCCAUAUUGAAUGAAGAUAUGUCUAGAUUCUCAGCAUACAACAGAGAUCUCAACUAGCCAGAGUGUAUAUUUGUGUGUUUAGCACUUCUUAACCACCUGGCCAUCCAAAUAGUUAUUAAGCCUCUCCAUGUCAAGCAUUGUGUGCUGUGCUCUUUGUGUAUCACUAGCUAUACAACUGUGUUCUUCAGUCUGUCUCCAUGACUCUGUGCAAAGAGACACUCCUGUGGUGUCUCCUCCAGCUUUAUUUCCCCGGACUACUAGAAUAUCACGUGCGACAACAAGGGCACCUCAGCUGCCACUCAGGGUGACACCCUGGUAUCUCCCAGGAGAGAGUGCCCUCCUUACUCCAGCACAGAACACACAACUACAGUCAGCCGUAAGAGACGUAACCAAGGUCAUCUCCGACAUGUUAUCAGUGCAUAGAUCUGAAGGACCACUGCUUCUGAAUCGUGAUGUGAAUAGAUUCUGUCGUUCUGUAUGGGGAGACCCCUCACUACCCAACUACAAAAGGUGUGGAUCUCGAGACAUGUCUUACUAUGGAGAACGUUGCCUAGAUGUUGUGAUCCCAGAGUCUCAUCUACAUGGCUAUGAAGUGUGGCCAAUGAAUGGGACAGAACCAACUCAUGUGACACCAGAAGGAAGCGGUGUCCCUGAUACAGAUUUCCUGCUGUAUGUGAGGGUAGCACAGACGGAGAAAUGUGCACUGCAGCCCUCAGUUAUUGCCUAUGCAUCAUACUGUCAGUUGGACCACUCAAGUCGUCCCAUCGCUGGGGUUAUUGUGUUCUGUCCAAAGCGUCUGAGAGAGGGAGUGUACCAGCACAGACACAUUGUACAGGUAUCUUUGCAUGAGAUGCUCCAUGCUCUUGGAUUCUCAAGCAUCCUUUUUGAGCACUGGAUAGACUGUAGUUCCUACGAAUCAGGACAAGAGUGCUCUUCUCGGUCCCGUGUGACAAAUACAGAUGAAAAUGGUCAACUCCGCAUUUACACUCCAAAUGUGAUGCAGAAAAUGGGGGAGCACCUAGGUGGAGACAAUAUUGGGGCUCCCCUGGAGAAUCAGGAAACCCCAACUUCUUCCCACUGGGAAUCACGAUUCAUGCAAGGAUCGAUCCUGACAGCCUCACUCAGCCCUCCACACCUAACAUUCCUUGACCCAAUUACACUGGCUGCCUUUCAAGACAUGGGCUGGUAUGGGGUUAAUACAAGCAUCAGCAGUCAGUUUAUGUGGGGAAAAGGAGCUGGUGUUUCUUUUGGUCUUCCUCUUACAUGUCAAGAAACAUCCGGUUUCUUCUGCAGAGAUAAGAGUCAUAUUGGCUGUCACCAUCUGCAUUUGGACAAGGGUAACUGCUCAACGGAUGCAUUCUUGGAUGGAUGCCAUAUUUACAAGCCACUCCUACAUGGGGGUGAGUGCUGGCUGAAGCAGGACAACCAAGGACAAGACGAAAUUUACCACCCCCAGAGUCGCUGCUUCUUCUCAAACCUCACAAAGGGAUUAAAGCAUGAGAAUAUCACAGGUCGUUGUUACCUCCAUCGCUGCCUAGCGCCAAAUACCUUCCAAGUCAAAGUUCAAGGAUCAGAAUGGAUGGACUGUCCAGCCGGGGAGUUAAUUAAGGUGAAAGGUUUUGAAGGUGGCCUUCUGUGCCCAAAUGGAAGACUCUGUUUGGGAUUUCGUCAGCCAUCUCUCCCAACACCAGUUUCAAUCACGGCAUCCAUUUCUAGCAUAUUUCCUACAGCAGGACAAGGAAUCCAAGUCCAGGUGAAAAUCAUGCAUGGUGCUAAAUGGACCAAAGAACAAAAGAUGCUCCUCAUGGGUGAAAUUAUCGGAGUUAUCGCACAACAUGCUGGAGUGCAAAGAUGCUUCCUGCAUGCUUUCUCAGAGCCAGACAAAGACUUCUCAUUUACACUUAUGGCUGGUGGAACCAAUAAUUGUCCCCCUGGAAGUUCCCCAAAUGUGACUUUUACGAACUUCUUGGAUGAGCUUAUUACAUAUGAGUCUCUUCAGUUUUCCACCAUCACCAUCAGGCUCCAGUCUCCCGUCUCCCAUAGCUCCAUUAUGAGUGAAGCUGGAAUAAUUGUGGGCUGUUUCUGUGGCAUAUUUUGUGUACUUCUGAUUCUCACUCUCACCUGGUGCAAGCACAAGACACGGAUUCUACAAGUUAGAGACAUUUAUCAUUCACAAGUUGAAACAAAAGAGAAGAAUUAUGUAGUGAGCGUCUGAGAGAGAA